AUGGAACAACCCAAGCUUGCGAAGGUCGAGAAGGUCCUGGGCCGCACUGGCAGCCGCGGUGGUGUCAUCCAGGUUCGCGUGACCUUCAUGGCCGACGAAACUGAUUUGGCUGGUCGUUCUUUGAUCCGAAACGUGAAAGGCCCCGUCAGAGAGGGCGAUAUCCUCGCUCUUCUGGAAACGGAGAGAGAGGCGCGUCGGUUGAGAUAA